AUGAUUCCUUCAAAGCACUCGGCGGCUCAGUCUCUGCGUCUCAUCUCGUCGCGCGCUCGCGCGGCCGCUGCACCAGCUGUAACAGCGGUUGUCCAGAACACCUCGGGAAGGACAAUCAACAGAGGCAUCCGCAAUGUCGCUAGUGCUAACUCCGCCAAGUUGCUACGGUCUACUAAGCCGCUCGCGGGAACCUCCUUUGCUCGGUCGUACGCGACCCCCAGCUCCAGUCAAGAUGCUUCCCUGCGAAAGGCGCACUUUGACAAGGUUCUGAUUGCUAACCGGGGCGAAAUCGCGUGCCGUGUCAUUCGGACCGCGAAGAAGCUUGGUAUCAAGACUGUUGCUGUGUAUAGUGAAGUCGACGCGAAUUCGUUACACGUCUUGGAGGCUGAUGAAGCAUACUGUAUCGGUCCUGCCCCAUCUGCGGAGAGUUAUCUCAGCAUGGACAAGAUCAUUGAGGUUUGUCAUCGUAGUGGUGCUCAGGCUAUUCACCCUGGAUAUGGUUUCCUGAGCGAGAACGCCAAAUUCGCGGAACGCCUCGCGGAGGAAGGCAUUGUGUUCAUUGGCCCACCCUCAAGUGCCAUCGUAAGCAUGGGCUCCAAGAGUGAAUCCAAGAACAUUAUGUCAGCUGCCGGCGUACCCUGCGUGCCAGGAUACCAUGGGACAAACCAAGACCCCCAGCACCUCUUCGAAGAGUCCAAGGGUAUCGGUUUCCCCGUGCUCAUCAAGGCUAUCCAUGGUGGAGGCGGCAAAGGCAUGCGAACCGUUCACUCUGAAGAUGAGUUCAUGGACGCGCUCGAGUCUGCAAAGCGAGAGUCGCAGAAGGCGUUCGGUGACGCGGACGUCCUUGUUGAGAAAUACAUCGUGCGGCCGCGCCAUAUUGAGGUGCAGGUGUUUGCGGACAUGAUGGGGAAUGCUGUUAGUGUCUGGGAGAGAGAUUGUUCAGUGCAGAGGCGGAAUCAGAAGAUCAUCGAGGAGGCACCAGCGCCUGGAUUGACCCCUGAGCUUCGUGCUGACCUCAGUUCGAAGGCUGUCGCCGCUGCAAAGGCGGUUAACUAUGUCGGUGCUGGUACGGUCGAAUUCAUUUUUGACAAUGACACGCAACAAUUUUACUUCAUGGAGAUGAACACUCGACUGCAGGUUGAGCACCCAGUGUCAGAAAUGGUUUCUGGCUUGGAUCUAGUCGAGUGGCAACUUGAGGUGGCUGCAGGAAACCCUCUCCCGCUGAAACAAUCUGAGGUGCCUCUCAUCGGACAUGCUUUCGAAGCGCGGAUAUAUGCCGAAAACCCGCGCAACAACUUCCUCCCCGACUCUGGCACGAUGCUCUACCUCUCCACCCCAACCCCCACACACAUCUUUGCACCUACGUUCCCUCCACUUAUACCGGCCGAAGGUACAUCGACAGAUUCGGGCGAUGUUGCCCCUCGCGAAGUUGACACUUCGGUCACUGUUGCGCCAUCCCUCCGCCUCGAACAGGGUUUUACCCAGGGCUCGCAGAUUGGCGUGUUCUAUGACCCGAUGAUCGCCAAGCUUGUCGUGCACGGGCGUGAUCGCACCGAGGCGCUCCGUAUGCUUCGUCGCGGACUCGAAGAGUACAAGGUCGUUGGGCUCUCAACCAAUGUCGAAUUCUUGCUCGCGCUAGCGAGUCACGAGAAGUUCAUUGCUGGUGAUGUCGAGACUGGAUUCAUUCCGAAAUACUUCGACGAGCUGUUCCCGCCAAUCCCCGAACCCAGCUCAGAGCUCCUAGCCCAGGCUGGACUCUACGUCGCUCUGCGAGACCACCCAACCCAGCCCGCAGACUCUACGCCCUGGACGACCCUCCAGUCCCGCCGCUUCGGCGGUGACGUGUACGAGCGCAUCAUCUCCAUCCAGAGCGACGAUGCAGCCCCCGACGCACCACCAACCACCGUGCACGUAAAAUCCGUCUCCCCAUCGACCUUUGACGUCACCAUCCGCUCCCCGUCCGGCGAGACCCUCGCCAUGUUCCCUAGUGUGCCCGCGCACCUCGCCUCGCCUACGUCGCUCCGCACGACGCUCGGCGGCGCGGGGCUCGAGACGACGAUCGUGUCGCAGCCGCCACCCGCGGCGGUGCCCGCGUCGCUCGCUCAUGGCACGAUGGAGCGGCUGCACAUCUUCUCUGCAGGCGGGCGUAAAACCACGCUUGUGCUGCCCACGCCUGGCUGGCUCCGCAGUCUUGGCGGGGACGUCCUUAGCGGGAGCAAGGGCGCGCUGCGCGCGCCGAUGCCGAGUUUGGUUGUGGAGGUGAGGGUCAAGCUUGGUGAGAAGGUGGUCAAGGGACAGCCGGUUGUAGUGCUGGAGAGCAUGAAGACGGAGACGGUGCUGCGCUCGGAUGUGGACGGGGUUGUGAAGGCGGUGGCGUGCGCCAAGGGCGAGAUGGUCGAAGAGGGCAAGGAGCUGGUGGACAUUGAGAGCGAGGAGGCGGAGAGCGCAUGAGUUUGCUUAUUGUUACCAGCACAACAAUUCAAGCACCUGACCUUUGUAUCAAUAUCGAUGAAGGACAACGGAGAUAACACGCGUUGAUUCUAAAACUUCAGAGUCGUGUCGGACGUACGACUCGGAGGGGUUUGCACAUUUAGAUGGCUUGACAUCUCGCGUAACUUCCACAAGUGCAUGUCGCAGCCUGGUGGCGCACAAGGCCGGCAAAACAAUAGUGUUAUGCUC